AUGAAGGGCCUGGCCGUGUACACUAUACGGCCGUGCGAGAUCUCCAGUGCCAGAGACUGCUCAGGCCAUGUAGAUCUACAAGGCCAUGUGAAGGUAGCAGAUGCAGGAUUUAUUGUCAAAGAAUCAAAAAAUUCAUCACUUGAAGAUUUGGUUAAUGAAGAAAAACAAGAAAACAAUGGUAAUGAAUUACAUGAAGGCUUAGCCAUUGAAAAUGAUAUAGAGGGAGAUGUGAAUGAGAUUGAAGACAAUGAAAGUGGUGAUGAUUUAGACUUUAAAAAUAAUUAUUCUGAAAGUGAUGAUGAUGCUAUUAAUGAAGUGAAUGAAGAACCAAGUUCAUCAAUUCCACUUGACAUUUUUGAUCCUAAAAAUUUGGAGAAUUUAAAUCCUAAGUGGAAGGAUCAAUUAGUGGAAAAGGGCCCUAUAAGAGAUGUAUUAACAGGGAAAGGUCCCAAAGAUAGAUCAAAUAGAUGA